AUGUCGUCGUGGAGAUCUGCUGGCUUCUCUUACCUGCGCUACUCCAACACCUGCGCCAUCCUCACCCGCAGGGCGCUCAAGGAGCCCUUCCGCGCCAAGGCCGCUGAGAGGGACAGCGUCAACAUGAAGGUCGAGCAGUGGAUCCUCGGCAAGGGCCAGGACAAGGUCGACGUCAAGAGGGCUAACGAAAUCGCCGGCUCCGCUGGCCACUAA